UGUCCGUCUAUCAGCCAACUUGGUGUGAUCGAGAGUGUGUGAAAGUGAAAAGGGGUACGACUCCGCGGUUCGUGCGCUCCUAUCACUCACAGGUGCAAUUACCGGGCACAAUCAAGUUAUUUAUUCAAUUUUCAUCGCGGUUUUUGUAAGGAAGACUCGGGUAUAGGAAGAGCCACCCUCACUUGGAAACAUGGCGGAUAGGAUAUACUACCCUCAUCCAGAGAUUGCAAAAAAUGCUCAUUGCAAAAGCAUGGAUCAGUAUAAGCAGAUGCACGAACAAUCGAUCAAAGACCCUGAGCAAUUCUGGGGAGAUAUAGCCAAAGAGUUUUAUUGGGAAACUCCAGCCACAGAUGGGAAGUUUUUCUCAUACAAUUUCGAUUUGAACGCGGGAGAUAUUUUUAUCAAAUGGAUGGAAGGAGCUUCUACAAAUUUGAGCUUCAACCUGCUGGAUAAGAAUGUCAAGAAUGGCAAUGGGGACAAGGUGGCUUUUUAUUGGGAAGGAAAUGACCCCGAAGAUUACUCUCGAUUGACCUACAAAAAACUCCUCCAGGAGGUCUGCAAAUUCGCCAAUGUGCUCAAGUCAAAAGGAGUCACAAAAGGAGAUCGGGUGGCUAUUUACAUGCCGAUGAUCAUGGAACUUCCGGUUGCAAUGCUGGCAUGCACCAGGAUAGGGGCCGUCCAUAGUAUAGUGUUCGCAGGGUACUCUUCAGAUUCGCUUACGGAACGAAUAAUAGAUUCCAAAGCGAAAGUUCUAAUAACCACAGAUGGUGUAUGGAGAGGGGAAAAACUUUUAUUAUUAAAGUCAAUUUGCGACGAGGCAUUGGAAAAGUUAAAAAACCAGGGUCACGUAGUCGAAAGUUGCAUAGUCGUUUCUCACAUCAGAAGAAUAACUAGCCCCCAUACCAAGGUUGACAACAGUGGCAAAACGAAUGGCGUAAAUGGUACGAGUAAUGGGAGCAAGGCUAGUGAAGACACCAUUCCUUGGAAUGAUGAAAGAGAUGCUUGGUGGCAUGAAGAAAUGGAGGAUGUUGAGGCCAGUUGUUAUCCAGUUUGGAUGGCAGCAGAAGAUCCUCUUUUCAUUUUAUACACAAGCGGCUCUACCGGAAAGCCUAAAGGAGUUCUUCACACGACAGCGGGAUAUUUCAUUUAUGCAGCAACUACUUUCAAGUAUGUCUUUGAUUAUCAUCCGGGUGAUGUGUAUUGGUGUACAGCGGAUAUAGGUUGGAUCACAGGACACACUUAUGUCGUUUAUGGACCCCUGGCCAAUGGAGCAACUUCAGUUUUAUUUGAAGGCACACCCUUCUAUCCAACAAACGAUAGGUAUUGGUCAGUAGUUGACAAGUAUAAAGUCACACAAUUCUAUACAGCUCCAACUGCUAUCAGGUCUCUGAUGAAGUUUGGAGAUGAUUUCGUAAAAAAACACAAUCUCAGCUCCCUGAGGGUUCUUGGAUCAGUCGGAGAGCCAAUAAAUUCAGAAGCCUGGCUGUGGUUUUAUAACUUAGUUGGUCAUGGAAAAUGCAGUAUAGCAGACACUUUUUGGCAAACGGAAACUGGAGGUCAUGUGAUAACUCCUCUUCCAGGAGCGACUCCAAUGAAACCAGGAUCAGCCACAUUCCCUUUCUUCGGAGUUCAAGCAGAAUUGCUGGAUGAGGAUGGCCACAUAAUUGAAGGCGAGGGUGAAGGUUACCUAGUAUUCCGAAGACCUUGGCCUGGAAUGAUGAGGACACUUUAUGGAAACCACGAGCGAUUUAAAAGUACUUAUUUCGAUAGAUUCCGUGGAUUCUACUGCACAGGAGAUGGAGCAAGACGUGAUGCCGAUGGCUACCUUUGGGUGACGGGACGAAUAGAUGACAUGCUGAAUGUUUCGGGUCAUUUGAUGUCAACCGCUGAAGUGGAAAGUGUGUUAGCUGGACAUGGAUCUGUAGCCGAGGCAGCAGUUGUUAGCAAACCACAUCCGGUUAAGGGACAAUGUCUCUAUUGUUUCAUCACUCCAAAUGACGGCACUACUUUCGACAAGAAAUUACAAGAUGAAUUAAAAAAGAAAGUUCGCGAGAGAAUUGGACCCUUUGCUCAACCGGAUGUGAUUCAGCACGCACCAGGCCUUCCAAAAACGAGAUCCGGAAAAAUAAUGCGUCGUAUUUUGAGGAAAGUUGCAGUUGGAGACAGAAACGUUGGAGAUACGUCAACGUUAGCCGACGAGACUAUCGUGGACCUUCUAUUCGAAUUGAGGCCCUAGGCCUCAAACAUCAACUAAAUCCUCUAAAAAAAGCAUACUAGUAAUUUAAAUAAAUGAACGAAAUAAGGUUUUUCGUGAACUCCUUCAUGCAGCUGCCGAGAUCUAGAAGAUGUGGGAGAUAAUCGAGUUCCAGUCGUAAAUCGCAGACGGAAACCUAGGUAGUCUAAUUAAUUUCCAAAAACGCUUCACGCUGCGUCUAAAUAAUCCAAUUUUUCUGGAAACUUAAAUAUUUCCAGUACCCUGAGAGGUUUAAAUCACAGCUAAGAUUUUAAAACUGUAGUUACAUUUUUGUGGCUGUUAAGCUAAAAACUAAAACCAAA